AUGAUGAAGUAUUGUUUAGUGGUAGCAGUUGUUGUUGUUGGUGUUGUUAUUGGAGAACCUAGUAAACCGGGAUGUUGUACACCUUCACAAUGGGAAGGUCAACAAGGUUCAACUAUUGGUAUAGUAGAUGGUGGUAUUCCUAGUGUGAGAACUUCGAUGGUACGUAUAUCUUACGAUGAGAAGAAUCAAAGAAUAGCCUAUGUUACAUCUGAAAGUACCCCACAGGGAGAAAAAAAUUAUAAAAUCAUAUAUGAUUAUUCUAGGAAAUUCCAGUUUAUUGUUGAUUUGGAUACAAAACAUUGUACAGUUUCCUCGUUAACUGACCCUUUUAUGAAAUUAUGCUUGCCAGUGGAUGCUCAGCCAAAGGGAAAAUUCUAUUACGGAAUAGAUGGGAACAAUUUACCUGCAAUGGCUUUUUCUCUCAAUGUUAAUGGAACAAUGAUCACUGUGGUCACAACGGCGGACAACUGUAUUCCUAUCGCUGAAGUUUUAGUUGAUGGUCAAGCGCAAGGAGUAUCGCAAAUGCAUGCAUCUGGUUUUGUGAAUCUCACAUCAGGAAUUAAAGAUCCUAGUGUUUUUAUUCCACCCGGAACCUGCACGCAG